UGUGACCCCUCGCUCCAAAGCCUUUCUCUCUGCUCGUAUCAGUCUUUCCGAGUCAGCAGUUUUGGUGAAAGGGCUGCUUGGGCAUACGUGACGUGCCCUCCCCCAGAGGGACAGAAGGUUUGGAAGAGCAGUCGCUUUGGUCUUGAAUGUCUACAGAGCUGAGGACGUAGUUGUCUGUUCCACUGGCUUCAAACACAGAAGUAGUGAAGAGUGACAUAGUUGUACGGAGCUGAAAGGAUCCCCAUACGUGAUUGAUCUAUGAAAUGGCAGAGAAUGGAACAGAUUGUGAUCAGAGACGCAUAGGAAUGAUCAAAGAACAGCACAAUGGAAACUUUACAGAUUCCUCUUUGUUGAGUGAACGGAAGCGAAGGGACCGAGAAGAGAGGUUGAAUAUUUUACUGUGGAGACAACCGCUUGUUACCUUGCAGUAUUUUUUCCUGGAAACUCUAAUAAACUUGAAGGAAUGGACCAUAAAAUUGUGGCAUCGGCGAAGUAUCUUGGUGUCUGUUUUACUGAUGCUUGCAGUGCUUACAGCUAUGUAUUACAUUGAAGGAACACAUCAACAGUAUGUGCGGUAUAUGGAGAAAAAGUUCUUCUGGUGUGCCUACUGGGUAGGAUUAGGCAUUCUGUCCUCUGUUGGACUAGGAACAGGUCUCCACACCUUUCUGCUCUAUUUGGGUCCACACAUAGCAUCAGUUACUCUUGCUGCAUAUGAAUGUAACUCAGUUAAUUUUCCUGAGCCUCCUUACCCGGAUCAAAUUAUCUGUCCUGAUGAGGAGACGACUGAAGGAUCCAUCUCUUUAUGGGCUAUCAUCUCAAAAGUUAGGCUGGAGGCCUGCAUGUGGGGUGCUGGCACAGCCAUUGGAGAGCUGCCUCCAUAUUUUAUGGCGAGGGCGGCCCGACUCUCUGGUGCUGAACCUGAUGAUGAAGAGUACCAGGAAUUUGAGGAGAUGCUGGAACAUGCAGAGACUGCACAAGAUUUUGCUUCCCGGGCCAAACUGGCUGUCCAGAACCUGGUGCAGAAGGUUGGGUUCUUCGGCAUUUUGGCCUGCGCUUCAAUUCCAAACCCUCUGUUUGACCUGGCCGGGAUAACAUGUGGACACUUUCUGGUUCCCUUCUGGACCUUCUUUGGUGCAACCUUGAUUGGGAAAGCAGUAAUUAAAAUGCACAUCCAGAAACUUUUCGUUAUUGUAACAUUCAGCAAACAUAUAGUGGAGCAGAUGGUGUCCCUAAUCGGUGCUAUUCCAAGUAUAGGUCCUUCUCUUCAGAAGCCAUUUCAAGAGUAUUUGGAAGCUCAGAGGAUAAAACUUCACCACAAAUCAGACGGUGGCGUGCCACAGGGGGAAAACUGGCUAUCCUGGAUGUUUGAAAAAUUGGUGAUUGUCAUGGUUUGUUAUUUUAUCUUAUCUAUAAUCAACUCCAUGGCCCAGAGCUAUGCCAAACGACUGCAACAGAAGAUGUACUCUGAAGAAAAAACCAAAUGAGCUUGGGAAAAAAACCUUGGAAUGGGUUUUAGCAGACACAAAAAAUGACACAUCUUUCCAUAUGUUUAAAAAUCAGCAUUAUUCAAAAAUGGGGGAAAACUUUUUAACAUCAAUUUUCAACUAUAACAAGUUUUGAUUUAAUUUUGAAAGUAAUUUGGAUAUUAGAGCAGACGUUUCACUGACAAACUUAUAAAUGUUAAGGUAAGGUAUAAAUGCUUUACAAGUCUGAGUUGUAUGAUACAGGAUGGACAAUGUGAUGUUAAAUGGUGUUUAACGCAAGUGUCGUCCAUCCAAAUUACUUCCAAAACUGAUGAUUUAAUACUCUCCACUUCCCGAUUUAACUUCAGACUGACCUAAGGGUAACCUUUUAUUUUGAAGGGUGGCUGGUUUGCUUUUUCCAUAACUUUCAAGGCCAUCAAAAUGUAUAUAAAUGAAUACCGAUUGGAUACAAACUGUUGCAUGUCCUUCAUGGUAAGGCUAUUCCAUCUGAAUUCUCCAGUGUCCCAUCGCAUUGCACGUGCUCUCGGUUGGAAAAGCCACCCUCUUAAACUUCAUGAUGUUAGCAGAGAUGAUUGAUGUCAAAAUGCUGAAGCUGACAUUUUUUAUUAUGUAUAUUUAGAAUGAAGUUAAGAUAAAACUUUAUAAAGUCAUCUUUGAUCAUU